AUAAGCAAAAUUUCUGAUCACAAUUUUGACACAUCUCGGUAGUGUUAGGGGAGAAAAUAGAAGAAGCAGAGAAGCUUAUCAACUUCAGAGGAGCUACUGCUCGCCACCACCACUUCAUGGCUGUAGCCAUUUCACUUGUUCAAUCCACUCUCUUCUCCAAACCCUCCAUUUUUCUCCGCAGAAAUGCCCUCAAGGGCUUCUCCUUUUCCAUUCCUUUCUCCUCUUCUUCUGCUCAGAAGACUCAGAGUCACAAGUGGAGGCAACCGGUGGUCUCGGUUCUGGAGCUCGGUGGAGUCAAGAUUGGCAAAGAUGAUGUGGUGAGAGACGAUCCAACAAACAAUGUCCCGGAUGAAAUUUUUUCAAAACUUGGAAUGCAGCUUCACAGGAGGGAUCAACACCCAAUUGGAAUUCUGAAGAAUGCAAUAUAUGAUUAUUUUGAUGCCAAUUACUCAAACAAAUUUGAUAAGUUUGACAACCUUUGCCCCAUAGUCUCCACAAAAGAGAAUUUUGAUGAUGUUUUGGUUCCUCCUGAUCACAUCAGUAGGAGUUACAAUGAUACAUACUACAUUGAUCCUCAAACUGUCUUGAGGUGUCACACCAGUGCUCAUCAAGCAGAGCUGUUGAGGAGGGGACACACUCAUUUCCUUGUGACUGGAGAUGUUUAUCGUAGAGAUUCCAUUGAUUCAACUCACUACCCUGUUUUUCAUCAGAUGGAAGGUGUUCGUGUCUUCUUGCCAGGUGAUUGGGAGGCAUCUGGAAUGGAUGGCACAUCUUAUGCGGCUGAGGAUUUAAAGAAAUGUCUUGAGGGUUUGGCACGGCACUUGUUUGGUGAUGUGGAAAUGCGCUGGAUUGAUACAUAUUUCCCUUUCACCAACCCAUCAUUUGAACUUGAGAUAUAUUUUCAGGAGAAAUGGUUGGAAGUUUUAGGUUGUGGGGUGACAGAGCAAGAAAUAUUAAAGAAAAGUGGUAAAACAGAUAAUGUUGCUUGGGCUUUUGGGCUUGGAUUGGAACGGCUAGCAAUGGUUCUAUUUGGGAUACCAGAUAUUCGGCUUUUCUGGUCAACUGAUGAGCGGUUCACUUCUCAAUUCUCAAAGGGCCAGCUAGGGGUCAAGUUCAAGCCAUUUUCAAAGUAUCCUCCUUGUUAUAAGGACAUGAGUUUUUGGAUUAAUGAGUCAUUCACAGAAAACAAUUUAUGUGAGGUUGUUAGAGGAGUUGCUGGAGAUCUUGUCGAGGAGGUGCAAUUGAUUGACAAUUUCACCAACAAGAAAGGAAUGACCAGUCAAUGUUAUCGGAUAGCAUACCGGUCCAUGGAGCGUUCACUUACAGAUGAGGAGAUAAAUGAGUUGCAGUGGAAUGUUAGGGAGCAAGUGCAGAGCAAGUUGAAGGUUGUUCUUAGAUGAGAUUUCUGAUGCUGGGAACCUAGUUUUACUAUCUCACUCUCGAAAUCCGUGCAGCGGAAGAUCCUGAAUUUUGAGACUUUCUACACCAAAAAUAUUCUCUUAAAUGAAGGUAUUCUUGCUUGGAUGGCGGCUCAAGAUCAGCUUCAUGAAAACCUUAUAUUCCCUGAGGAGGUUCUACCUCGUGGAAACACUCUUUAAUGGAACUUUAGAAGUAAAAGUACUGUUAAAUGCACUCUACGAUAGAAUCAUCCUGGGUGUGAGGCUCCCUGGAACGGACUCUGCACUCUAAUAUAGAAUCAUCCUGAGUGUGAGGCUUAGAAGUGCGUUUUUGUUGUACAUUGCAAAAGCAAACGUGCCUUUCACUCUGAUUCCAUGGCUCUUGCAGCACUACGUACCUUGCAUAACUAUUAGUGAAUAUUGCAAAACAUCGACUUUUACAUGACCAUAAUUGAUUUAGGUGCGUUUGAACGC